GGGCGGUGCGGCCCAUCAGCUGUUCCGUGAGCUCUACAACAACAAAAGGACUGGAGGCAGCGGUGCUGCGACUUCGCAGCUCGGCAGCUCCGGCCCGUGCGGGAGCGGCGGCGGCGGCGGCUGCAGGGCUAGGAGAGAGGACGAGAACUGAGAGCAGGACGCCGCUCGCUGCCCCGCCAGGCUCUUCGCCGCUACCUCAGCCGCCCGGGGCGUUCCGAGCCGUGCCCCGCUAGCUUCUCAGUCCCUGAGGCCAGCCUGAGGAUAAUGAUUCUUCAUACUCCAUAUCUUUCUUAAAUAAGAAUUUAUGCACUUUAAUUUCCUGUCGUGCCAUUGGGUUUAUCUAAGACGCCGUUUUUGAAAUCGCAGCUACAGAACUAGCCAAAGUUUCAUUCUUGCCUUAACAAUGUUCCAGAGAUUGAAUAGUAUGUUUGUGGGUGAAAUCAAGACCUCUAGCAAAGAACCAGAAUUUAGUGAAAAAGAAGAUGAUGAAUGGAUUCUUGUUGACUUUAUAGACACUAAUUUUUCAACAAAAGUCGAAGAGGAAGACAUCAGUGAAGAAUCUCCUACUGAUCAUCCUCCAGUUUUUUCUUGUUUACCAGCUUCCUUGGAAUGUUUAGCUGAUACUAGUGAAUCUUGCUACGUCCAAUUUGAGGCCUGUCCAAUGGAGGAGAGUUGGUUUAUUACCCCUCCCCCAUGCUUUACUGCAGGUGGAUUAACCACUAUCAAGGUGGAAACCAGUCCUUUGGAAAACCUUCUAAUAGAACAUCCCAGCAUGUCUGUUUAUAAUUCCUCCAAGAAUCUUAAUGAGGGUAGCUGUGAGACUGAAUUUCAUAAUCCAAGCAGUCCUAGGCCUGGAAGUGGUGAAGGGGAAGUAGAGGGAGGAAAAACUUCAAACUCAGCAGCCAUCCCUCUCUCAGACUUCCUUCUGACUGCAGUGUCCUAGUAAGGGAAAAACCAUGAUUGGAGGAUGUCGGUGGAAAGAAUGGAAGUACGGAAUGAAGUGGGGCAACAUGUUCACUGCUAUGUUGCAGCUCUUGCUGCUCAUUCAACUUUCCUUGAACAAACCAAGAGCUUUCGUCCUAUCCCGUGGAUAAAAGAACAUGGUGAAAGACAUUCUCUGAACAGAAAUAACCUCCGUCGCCAAAAUCUUACCAGGGAUUGCCACUCUCGGCAAAUCAAGCACAAUGGGUGGGUUGUUCACCAGCCUUGCCAGCGUCAGUACAAUUACUGAGAAUUCCAAGUCUUAAGCAUAUCAAUUUGUUGGUAUAUUGUUCUUGGUUUUAUGUGUGAGUGGGGGUGAGUGUGAUGUGUGUACAUACACUCAAAUAAUGAAAGUGUGUAUUUGCAGCUUGACUGAUGAUCAAUCAUUUAAAUAGAAUUGUUUUUCUAGGUAAUUUUUCUUUAAAAAAUUACAUUCUGUAUGUCACACAAUGCCUUGCUCUUAAGAGUUUUUUUCCUAAAUUUUUUUCAGAAUGUUUUAGAACAUCAGUACAAUUGCAGUGUUUUGUAUUUUGAGAAUGUCUGAUGACUCAACUAAGUUAUGUGAGUUAGUUGGCAUUUUAAAGAAAUUUCUUACUGAGUGAUGGAAUAGUCAGGUUUCAGCUGAAUUUCUUUUCUUUUUCUUUCUUUUUUGUAUUAAUCAAAAGUUUGAGUAAACAUAAUUUCUCAGGGUCAGCCAUACACUUUAAUGACCAGUACUUGAUAAGCUUUUCUGUAUAUAAUGAACAUUUUUUUUUUUUUUAACCACACUAACAAGCAUGAAAAGGCAAUGGUUGCCAUGGACAUAAUGGAAUCAUGGCUGGACUUUUCUAUUGAAAGAGAACUUGAUAUUAUACUCUUUCCUCAUAUAGUUCAUUUUGAUGUCAGGUACAUUUAGUUAAUAGAUAGGAGUUAGCUAUCUUUCUGAUUAUUAUAAUGAUGUGGUACAAAUAUUGCAGGUUAUGGGACAGAAAUACCUGUUUCAUUUAGUAAAAUUAAAGGCAGAUCUGUGGUUUAUAUUUAGAAGUGUUCAUUUUGUGUAAAGAUGCUCAUUUGUUCCAGUGUUUUGAUUACUUAAGAUCUCUUCUUUUUGACUAUUAGUUAGUCAUUAUAAUUGUGUACAAUUUAAUACAGCCUCUUUACUUUUACACAAUGAGAAGCUAAAAGUCUUUAUUUCUAACCCAGGAACAGGUUGUAAAAGCCUGUGCUGAUAAUGUGGUGUGGUAUGCAUGAUUUGACCCCUGACAAACAUUGCUUCCAGACUAAGAUUGUCUUGAAUGAAAAUUAGUAGCUGGAGUUUACUGUUUUGUUUGGGGGAGGAGUUUCUUGCUCUAUGGGCUAAUUUUUCUGGUUUGGGAAAAAUCUUCAACUACCCUGUUCUGUUUUCCUCAUUCAUUAAGGGGAAUAAGAAUACCUACCUCACAGGGAUGUUGUGAGGAUUAUAAAUGUUAUAAGAUUUAUAAAACUGGACUUUCAUAAAAUUCCAAGGGACUCUUUCUACUGAAUUGAUUGUUAUUUGACUAUGUAUCUGCCCAGGGCUGUUUGGUUAGUUCAAGAGAGCAUGGUGCUAAUGAAGACCAGGCUCUGGUUUAAUUUCCUUCAGGACAAUUAAUUAGCUUCACAAGAGAAAACAUGACAGAUUUACCAUAAAUCUGUAGCUAGCCACUUUACAAUUUUUAAAGAUAAUAUUUAGUGAUGACUUUUAACUGGAGCUGUUCACACUACAAAUUCCCAGUUCCUUAUAUGACCCAAGGACAUAUAAUUAGAACUCAAAAGCCCAUUUUCUACUAGGAUUAGAAGAAUAUCACCAGGCUGAUAAUUUAUCAGAGUCCUUUUUCCUACUACAAUCCAGUCCUGACUAAAUAGUAAAUGCAUGUUAAGAUGCUUUCAAAAGGAAAAGCAUUAUAAUCAUGCAGAGUAUUAUUUUACAUGGCUCUGUGUUGACUUCAGAUGCCAAGAACUAUGGGAAUCUUUUCUUCCCCUUUUAAGUGGGAAAAGCUGUGUUGAAUAGCACGGGGGUGAUUGUGAUUCAAAAAGGUCAAAUGGUUAGUGUGUUUAAAUGCUUAAAAUAGUUUGUUCUUCCAAUAGCAUUAAGAAAGUGUCAUUUUCAGAACAGGGGAUUUAAGUCUACUUUUUAUGGCCUUCCCCAUUAUUUAUUUUUUCUGAUUAGGGGCCAAGUCCACAAAGCUCUGUCAAACUGGGCAAGUAUUUUGUUAAACUGCUUGUGUUUACAUGGAAGAAGAAUGAUUUAGAAACUGUUUGCUGAUAGGGCACUACAGUUGGAUAACUUGAAAAUAAUAUGGCUAAAUGGCUUCUUGUAAAGCUUCUGAGUAUUGAGAAGGAAGAUUUUUAUACAUAGGUUACAUGAAGUGCUGGUACCUCAAACUAUAGAUCUGACAUUCAGUUGUGAAAAUUUGCUAUGGCCACAUGAACAGAUUAGUAUAGAAGAUUUUUGUAGUCUUUUUUUUUCUAGAGGGCUAUUAAUUCACUCAGCUUUGUUAGCUACUGACCCUUUGCCUAACAGCUAGUUUUAUAAGCUUAAGAAUUCUUUUUUUCCAAAAACUGUUGGAAUUGUAUGGAGUGAGAAUUAUCAGAAUAUCUGUACUAUAAGCAUGGUAUGGUAUUUAGGUUGGCAUCAAAAUUUCCCACUUAUAAUUUCCCAUAUAGUUGAAAUUCUUGAUUAUUCAAGGUGCAAGGCCAGUAGCCUAGUUGGAAAUGUGAAUUUGAUGUAAAAUAAAAUAUGGCCAAAGAGAUAAUGUUUUAAAGUUUAUUAAUAAAUGUUAGUGGUCUGAAUGAAAUCACUUAAUCUAUGCUCCCUGAAAUUCAUAUAAGGAGAAAUAAUGCCUCUUUUAAAAUUUCUAAAACUUUUUUCACUGUUGGCAGUUAGUUUUUGCUAAUAUCAUUUAGAUAGACAUCAUUCUGUCCUUCAUAUAGUCUUAUUACUGUGCUAUAAACUGAAAUUAAUUAUCCAUCAUUUAUCUUCCAUAUGAAUGCAUUAUUCAUUUUAAGUUUGGUUUGUUUAGUAUUUUUGCAGUUCUAAAAAUGGUUCAAUUCUAAAAUUUUCUGCUAUAGGGAAUUUUUGUUGUUGUCCUUGACUUGAUUCAUGCUACAUGCUUUGUUUAUAUGCUCUUCUAUCAUCAAUUUAAUUGUGUCCUCGCCCUAAACUAACUGUUCUAGUAGAGAACAGUAUAUUUGCCUAAUAAACGUUUUGCAAGUUUUACUUAUUUAUGCUUUCAAAGUGAAAUCAUACUUUUCUUGAUUUCUUUUAGAAGGAAAAGAGCAAGGAAGAGUAUAGCCUAAAUCCUUACUUUCUUAGAGUUGGAAAAGACAAAAAUGAAGGAAGAUUAAAUUUGUUCACCUCAAAUUAGAGCUGUAAAUUAUCAUUUUAAAUAGUGAGAUUGAAUAGUGAAGUGAAAAGAACUUUCAAGUCUUAGGGCUUUUAUUUUUACUAAAUAAAGUUUGAGACUGCUCCUUUCUUUUGGAGAUACUAAUCUGUUUGGUGGUUUGUGUUUGUUUUAGUAAUGUUAUUACAGUUUUUAAAGGUCUGUUCUUACUAAUCCUUGUAGAACUGGGCCUAUAGAAUUGAAGAUCUUUUGUCAGUAGUCAAGUUAGGGUUGAUUUCAUCCAUUUCCAUAUGUGUGUUUGAAAUAUUAUUUAAAUUUUUUUUAUCUGGAAAAAGUCACAUUUUUGUGGUUUAGUCUUGUCAUAUACCAGUUUUCUUAAAACUGUCCAAGUUUAAGCAGUUUGAAAACUUGGGUAGGAGGACAUUUGUUUUAAUACCUUUAUUGUGGGAGAAGAAGUUACUUUCAGAAAAGGCAGCUUCAGUGCAAGAUGAUAUAUAUGGUUGCAUAUCAUUGGGGAUUCUUUUAAUAUAUGAUGGGAUUUGUGUUGUUGUUUUGGAUUUAAACCUAAAUGUUACGCUCCACAUAACAAUACUUUGUAUUUUGUCUGGGAUUUUUAUUUUCUGUUUACAAAUUGAGUCACUAGUGGAGAGGCUGGAGUAUGUGAAGGGAGUCUGCUGUCUCACCUUUGAUUUGUUUUCCUCAGAGGUUAUGAACUUUGUUAUGUUUAUGUGUUACAUAUAAAGUAAAAGAAAUGGCUUUGAUUUAAUGUUGUGAAUAUGUUGAUCCCUUUCCCCUUAACUCCCAAGAUAAUACAUUUUGUAACUAGAGUAUUGUCAAUUGGACUAUGUGCCUUGUAAAUGUGUUUCUGUGUAUACACAGAAAUUUUGAACAACUUGAAAGACUUGAGGACAUUCAGUUAGGAGAAAUACUGUACAUCAAUCUAUGCAUAAAUGGCAGCUUAUUUCUUGAGCCACUAGAAAAUUUGAUAUUGAUUGGUUCACAGAGGAAUGGUUGGUUUAACAAAACUGAAUGAAUAAUACAAUACAGCACUUUGCCAAAAAAACAAUUGUAGCAUUGCUUAAACAUGUGUACUAAUACCAGUUUUUGUAUGGGGGGAGGGGUCCUGGUGCAUUUUGCACUUCUUGAAAAUGUACUGGUCUUUACCUGUCAGCAAAUAAAUGUCUUUUGCUUCAAAA